AUGGAUGAGAAAGUGUGUCGGACUGCGCUUGGAUUUUUGACAAUUUUGUCAGUAAUUAUCAUCUUGGUGAACAAAACACAGAAGAAUGGAAUCGAAGAUUACUAUCCGGCUACGCGAAUCUACUAUCCGAUUAUCCGACAGAGGUAUUUGGAAGCAAAUGCGUCACAAUCCACUAAACCGAGAUCGCAUUGUGACGUCAUCAAGCAUGUUGUGUACAUCAAAACUCAUAAGACCGGGUCCACCACGCUUGAAACUCUCUUCAACCGGUUUGGUUUCUACCAUAAUUCAUCUUUUAUCUUCAAUAAAAAUGGAGCUUUGGGGCAUUUCAGAACAAUGGACUUACGAAAAGCUGACGUGGUCAAGAUGUUACUCCCACCUCUCGGAGUAAAAGAAGGAGACUACGCGAGAUAUAAGAAUUACGACACAAGUGCGAUUCACGUACGAUUUUAUCGCGAUGUCUUAGAUCAGUUCAUGGCCAAUGGCACGCGUUAUGUUUCGAGCGUUCGCGAUCCCGCCGACCAAUGGAUUUCAGCAUAUUAUCAUUUUAAUUUCAGGAAACCAAUUUCUGACUUCGCCAAAGAUCGUUUCCAGAUGAUUACAGUAAAUGGUUCCCUGAAAUUGCCGUUUGAUAAGAACAAUUCUACUCUCGAUGCAGUGAACGAAUUUCUCCGACAGCCACAAAUAUACAUUAAUGCGUUGAAAAAGAGAGGGGACGUGAUUUGGCAUUUUGCGCACAACAGCCAAACUUUUGAUCUAAGCACCGAUCUGAAUUUGAUGCAGCGGGACAACGAAACGCUUGUUAAUAUGACACUCGAUCGACUAGUCGAUGAACUGGACUUCGUUAUCGUAAACGAAUACUUUGACGAAUCCUUGCUCGUCAUGAAGAAAGCAUUUUGCUGGGAUUACAUCGAUAUAUUGUACACUUCACAAAAUAAGCGAAAGAAAAAAGACACGCUGCCGGAGGAAACGCGGGCUAAGAUCCGCGCGUUUAAUCGAGCAGACACGCUCCUUCAUCAGCGCUUCAAUGAAUCUCUGUGGAAAAAGAUCGAGGCUUACGGACCGGAUUUCAAGAAAGACUUGGACCAUUUCAGGCAAAUGUUGAUUGAAGUCAAGUCAGAGUGUUCUGACAAAGGCAAGAUCAAACGAGAUGGAUUUCAUUCUAAGAUAUUAAAUGAAUUAGCCAAAAGAGACGCGACCCAGUUUUGUAACAUAAUGAGAGAGGAUAUUUUUGGCUCAUUCGGGCGAGUCUUUCAUAGACAGAAAUCAGACCUUCGCUCCUUCAAGGACAAGUCCACCCCAACAAAAAGUUGAUUUGAAUGAAAAAAGAAAAAUUCAACAAGCGU